UUUUUUUUCUUUUGGAGAAUCCAAGCUUUUUUCGUUCUUUUUUUUCUUUUUCCUCUUUUUUUAUUUAUUUUUAUUUAACAAUUAGUUUUACAUAACAUGUCUAUGGCAAGUCUUUUUGGUCUUUCAACACCUGUGGAUAUACAAGUGGCAUUCACUGGCGAGAAUGAACGAAAACAUGUGGAAGUCAAAGUGGAUAAAGAUCAACGAGAGAGUUUACCUGUGUAUCUUGAUGGUGAAACUGUUAGUGGCACGGCGACUAUUAGACUAAAGGAUGGAAAACGAUUUGAACACAAUGGUAUCAAGGUCGAAUUUGUUGGUAGUAUAGAACUUUUCUAUGAUCGUGGCAAGUCUCAUGAAUUUCUUACUCUCUCUCAAGAAUUGGCAGCUCCUGGAGAAUUACGUCAAAGUGCUACUUUUGACUUUGAAUUUAAAAAUGUGGAAAAGCAAUACGAAUGUUACAAUGGUAUCAAUGUCAAACUACGAUACUAUGUUCGUGUUACUGUUGCUCGACGUAUGGCAGAUUUGAUUCGAGAAAAGGAUAUGUGGGUAUACUCGUAUCGUAUGCCUACCGAAGUCAGCAAUUCGAUCAAAAUGGAAGUGGGUAUUGAAGAUUGUCUACAUAUUGAAUUUGAAUAUAACAAAUCCAAAUACUAUUUGAAAGAUGUCAUUGUUGGGAAAAUCUACUUUUUGUUGGUUCGAAUCAAGAUCAAGACUAUGGAAUUAUCUAUCAUUCGUAGAGAAACUACUGGAGCUAUGCCUAAUGUAUACAAUGAAAGCGAAACAGUGACACGAUUUGAAAUUAUGGAUGGUGCUCCUGUGAGAGGCGAAACUAUCCCAAUUCGAUUGUUCUUGGGUGGAUUUGAAUUGGCUCCUACAUUUAGAGAUGUGAAUAAGAAAUUCUCCACAAGAUAUUAUUUGAACCUUGUACUGAUCGAUGAAGAAAACCGUCGCUAUUUCAAACAACAAGAAAUCACCAUGUUCCGACGUAAAAUUGAUGAUGGUUACCCUCCCGAUGAAGAAUAGGAUACAUGAUGAUUUGGAAUCUUAUACGAUAUAUCCCCCCUCUCCUUUAGUUUUAGAUAUUGUUUAUUACUCUCAUCGUAUUCCCACUCUGACAAUCCCUCUUGUUCCGUCUUAUUCAUAUUACUGAAUCAAAU